CAGGAAUCGCCCAUGUCCUCCGCCUGCGUCGCGGUCUAAUCCUGUCGGAUCGAUCCGUUUGGGGAGGUCCUGGGGAUUCAGUUCUUCACGUCUCUUCCGACCAGAUAGAUUUUGUCAGGCCGGUGCUCGAAGUGAUUCAUACGUGCUUGUAUUGCAAGAGGCAAUUAUCUAGUGCAAAACAAAUAUACAGCUGGCUCAUCAAGGUUCAUUUCUUCAGUUUUCAUGAGAGGGCUGCAUACUGGUCCCAUUCCACUCCACUCCUCUCUGUUCCUAUUUUAGAAGGACGACAGAGAUGGGGACUAUGUCUUUCUUGGCAAUGGUCUCAGUGAUGGCUGCUAAUUUUCCUCUCCGUUUCAGUAACUCAGUAACAGUCUGUAGUUAGACCAUCAUAAAAAUUCAGGGUUUGUGCAAAAGGGAGCUAGACCAUCAUGGAAGAGAGGAGUAUUUUGAUGGAACGUUAUGAGAUCGGAAGACAGUUAGGACAAGGCACCUUUGCAAAGGUAUACUAUGCUCGUAAUCUAACCAAUGGUCAGUCCGUCGCCAUAAAAAUGAUCGACAAGGAGAAGGUCUUGAGGAUUGGUCUCAUGGAUCAGAUAAAGAGGGAGAUCUCGAUAAUGAGAAUUGUAAGGCAUCCGAACGUUCUGCAGCUUUUUGAGGUAAUGGCUACCAGGAGCAAGAUUUACUUUGCUUUGGAGUAUGCUAAAGGUGGUGAGCUUUUCAACAAAUUAGCCAAAGGGAAGCUUAGCGAGGACAGCGCAAGAAAAUAUUUCCAUCAGUUGAUCUCUGCUGUAGAUUAUUGUCACAGUAGAGGUGUUUAUCAUCGUGACUUGAAGCCUGAAAACCUACUAAUGGAUGAGAAUGAAACCCUUAGGGUCUCUGAUUUUGGUUUAAGUGCGCUAACCGAGUCAAAGUGGCAAGAUGGUCUGCUCCACACCGCAUGUGGAACUCCUGCUUAUGUUGCUCCUGAAGUGCUCAGCAGGAAAGGGUACAGUGGUGCAAAGGCAGAUGUAUGGUCCUGUGGGGUGAUUCUGUUUGUUCUUGCAGCCAGUUAUCUUCCUUUCCACGAAAGAAAUCUUAUUGAGUUGUAUAGAAAGAUUGCAAAAGCUGAGUACAAAUGCCCUCGUUUUUUCUCUGCUGAGCUAAAGGAACUCCUUCAGGGAAUCCUUGAUCCUGAUCCUAAUACUAGAAUGUCCAUCGCAAGAGUAAAGAGAAGUGCUUGGUACAAGAAGCCGAAUGAGAUAACAGCACAUAAGAUUCAAUCGCUAGAUAGGUUUUGCAACAGUUCCGAUGGACCAUUGAACCUGACAAACAUGAACGCAUUUGACAUCAUUUCCCUCUCUAGCGGAUUUGACCUGUCUGGUUUGUUUGACGAAAGAUAUAGCCAAAGGGAGGCUCGGUUUACUUCCAAGCAGCCACCAGCAACCGUGCUUGUGAGGCUUAAAGAACUGGCCAAACGCAUGAAACUUAAAGUUACAAAGAAAGAGGAUGGAUUUCUGAAAUUGACCACAGGGAAGGAAGGAAAGAAGGGUGUUCUUGUGUUUGAUGCAGAAAUCUUUGAGGUUGCGCCGUCGUUUCUCCUAGUCGAGUUGACAAAAACCAAUGGUGACACCUUGGAGUACCAAAAACUGUUGAAAGAGGACAUUAGGCCAUCGCUUAAGGAUAUUGUUUGGGCAUGGCAUGGUGAUGUUCGCCAGCAGACACAGCUACCUCAGGAUGCAGAGCAGCAGCCGCAACCGUCAUCGCUGCCACCACUCCCACCACGACGGUUAGAAGAUUAGCUGCAAAUGCUUUCCCCACCACUGCCAUAAUAACCCAACAGAAAUCGCUAUUGAAUGCAAAGUAUGGAAGGCAGUGUAGGCUCCAUCAUGAUACCUGGAACCAAAUUUGCUUGUAGUUCCUUUUAAGACCAGGAAAACUAUUUGUAGUUCUCAUUUUUGGAAAAGGAAGUUUAGAGUGAUUCCCAUUUUUGUAAAAUUGUGAAGCUUGAGUACAGAGAUGGUGCCUUUUUAUAUUGUCAUCUCUGCUGAACGAAGAAUGCUUUGAUUUCAGUGUAAUGAUCAACCCACUUAAUUUCUG